CUACCGUAUCUACGCACAAGUAUGGCGGCCUAAGAGUUGUGACAACUGUUUUGAUGGUGUAAAGAAUCGUUUUUUCCAUUUCUAAAACAUCCUUUCCUCGGAAUUCGUGUUUAUUUGAACUAAUAAGCACAUUGCGACUCAGACCAUCAUGCCGUCCGCUUGUGACUCUCUGAUUGAAGACAUCGAGGACAUGGUGUCUUCUAGCGAUCCCACACCUCACGAGAGACAGUCUGCAAGAAAGAGUAUCAUACCGAGGUCCCGGAAGAAAAAAGAGCUGAACCAUGAGGAGCUCCAUGCUGACAGUUUGAUACCUGGCACCCAAAAAAUCUGGAUGAAAACGUGGGGCUGCAGUCAUAACAACUCAGAUGGUGAAUACAUGGCCGGACAGCUGGCUGCCAGUGGAUACAAGAUGACGGAUGACCCAACAGAAGCAGACCUGUGGUUACUCAACAGCUGUACUGUGAAAAAUCCUGCAGAGGACCACUUCAGAAACUCAAUCAAGUGUCUGAAUGCAUGUACCUACUGUAAGACUAAGCAUGCCAGAGGAGACCUGGCCAGCUAUCCCAUCGAGGAGCUAGCCGAGAGAGCCAGGCAGUCUUUCCAGGAGGGAGUGUGUGAGAUCUGGUUGACCAGUGAGGACACAGGAGCUUAUGGUAGAGACAUAGGGACAGACCUGCCCACAUUGCUCUGGAGAUUGGUGGAGGAAAUUCCUGAAGGGGCCAUGCUGAGGCUGGGUAUGACCAACCCACCAUAUAUCCUGGAACACCUAGAGGAAAUGGCUAAGAUAUUGAAUCAUCCACGUGUCUAUGCCUUCCUCCAUGUUCCUGUGCAAUCGGCCUCAGACAGCGUCCUGAUGGACAUGAAAAGAGAGUACUGCAUUGAUGACUUCAGAAGAGUGGUGGACUUCCUCAAAGAGAGGGUCCCAGGUGUAACCAUAGCUACAGAUAUAAUCUGUGGUUUUCCUGGAGAGACAGAAGAAGACUUCCAAGAGACCGUAGACUUGGUGAAACUCUACCGAUUCCCAAGUCUCUUCAUCAACCAGUUUUACCCCAGACCCGGUACACCUGCCGCAAAGAUGGAGCAAGUACCAGCACAUGUGAAGAAGCAGAGGACUAAAGAGCUGUCACAACUCUUCCACUCUUACAAUCCCUAUGACCAUAAGGUAGGGGAGAGGCAACAUGUGUUGGUGACCGAGGAGUCAUUUGAUGCCCAAUACUACGUGGCUCACAACAAGUUCUACGAACAGGUGCUGGUACCUAAGAGGGCUGAGUUCAAAGGGAAGAUGAUUGAGGUGGACAUCUAUGAGGCAGGAAAACACUUCCUGAAAGGCCGACCAGUAGAAGACAGCAAGCCCUUCACUCCCUCCCUCGCUGUGCCCCUUCAGAAGGGAGAGGUGUCUGGCCUGAUGCAGGAACAGAUGGCCAAUGGUGUCCAAGGUCCUGCUUCUAUGACGUCUUCGUCUGGUUUGUUGACUGGCUCUUACAGUCUGGACGGGGAAGGACUGAAGAAGCUGGGAAUUGGGCUUGUUCUGGCAGCAGCCAUCCUGGCCUUCAUCAUAGAGAAACUGUACUGAUGGAGCAACUGCAACCUAGGAGAAGAAAAGGGAGAGGACAGUGACAUACUAGGAGCCUAAACAGUGUCUUUUAAGUUGGUGAAUACAGAGAUAAAGCUGUCUCCUUAGAUCACAUGCUGUCAUCCCAUUUUAAAUUAACCCAAAGAAUAAAAGACAAGGUCAGUGACACCUACAAAGUCAUGGAUUAUAUAAAUGUCCUGUGAGACUUCUGGUUUUUAGUACGGUUAUGUUUAAUUUUUAAUUGAAGGACAUAGUUAGAAGUCUUUUUACUCUGUUUUCUCCAAACAAAGUGAUGUCACUGUCUUUUUCUGUCAGUGAAGUAGGAACAACCACAUGGGCAAUAACAGGUCAACUGUCUAAGACAGACCUCAGUGAACUCUUUUUAUACAAGCCUUUUUGUUACAAAUUACACAUUUGUUAAACUAGAUGUUAUUUAGAAUCUAUUUCAAGUACAUAUUCUGAUUGAUAUUUUAGUUUUAUUAUGAGAGUGAAAGAUGAGAAAGUGUGUAGGUUGUUUCAGGCUUGGUCUGUUGUUCACUGAGGGCUGCAGUCUGACAUUGUCCAUAAACUGGUGAACGAAAUAAUGUUUUUCAACUAGUUGAACACAUUCAAGUCAUCUGUACCAGAACAAAGUCUAAGAAUGAGCAUGAAGAUUUCAAAAUAUUAGAGUUUUUCAUCCGUGCUUUUGAUGGAUUGAAUUGUGCUUACUUAACAGUAUGUACAGUAUACAGUUUUUUUGUUCUCCAGAAAGGAGUAAUUAAGUGUAUAAUACUCUGAUGAAAGGUAAUUUGUAUCCUUCAUUUCAAAGUAUUUAUUUUUGAAUAAGAGAAAGGACUGUAUAGUUUUCAGAUCUUCAUAGCAAACGUCUUUGAAGUUGUUGUAGCAUCUCAUUUUGUUCAAGGGGUUGUUCAGAAAGGUUUUUAUUUGUUUCAUUUUAUGGUUUUUGCCUCAUACAUCAACUUCAAGUGGAAUUAAUUUAUAAUGUACGUCUUACUUGAUUAGUUAUAACAUAAAGGACAACUGGCAAGAUGGAUGCUGCUAAUUGCUGGUUGUUUGUCAUUUUAUCAACACCACACACCCAUUGUGAUUUAUUUUAUUUGGACUGUACUGUACUGUGAUGACUUGCUGUGGUGCCCACUUAAAGGGUUAUUUGAUAUUUUCUCACUCACCUGUAUUUUAGUUGAUAUCACACUCUGAGAUCUUUGCUGUCACCCUAGUACAAUAAAGGUGAAUGGAGUUCCAUUUGUGGUGCUCUCAGCAUUAGAUCAACAACACAGGUAUGAUACACUUAAAACCCAUAGAGAACACUAGCAUUGGGUUUCAUAGGGACUGAUAUAGGAAUGUUUCAGUGAAAAGUGUUUAUAGGGAGAUCUGUGGCUCUUAAGGAAACCACCUUAAAUGUCCCUUGUAUUAGGUUGGCAGCAGAAGUCUCAGAGGCAGUUAUCUUAAAACCAACCUGUUAGCACUGCUACACAUUACUAGAGGUAAGUGAGGAAUGUUUGUCUUUUUCUGUAAUUCAGGAGAACUGACCCUGCAAUACAACUUAUUUGCUGAAAUGUCUAUUAUGUGGGUUGUCUGAGUCACUACUGAGACAGACUGUAUUGUUUUUGUUGAUUAGCAAUGUCCCAGCCAUCUAAAACAUUUAAAUAAAGGACAGAAUCAAUUUGUCAUGAGUUAAA